UCCUCAAGGCAUGCUGUGUUUGGAGAUGUUUUAAAAACAUUGACAGACAGCAACAUUCUCACAGAGACACAUCGACAGAAGGAUCUUCAGUGAAAUAACAGAGAGCCAAGCAGACCCUCAGGUUUGGACCUGCGAGAACAAAGAUGCCUUUGACAUGUCUGGUUCUGCUGGCGGCCGUGUUUGCAAAAAGUACUGAGCCAUACAUUACCCAAAACCCAGAUGUGGACACGUAUGAACCAAGAGAUUAUCAAAGAGCCACAGAAUACUACAGAGAUGGCAGUGGAACUGAAUGCAAGCGAUGCUGUGAUCCCGCGGAGGAACCUCCUCAAUACCCACAGUACAAGGUUGUGCCACAGAUAAACAUCACCAUCCUUAAAGGGGAAAAGGGAGACAAUGGACUGAGAGGACCUUAUGGGAAAUCAGGCAGGACAGGGCAAACCGGCACGCGAGGGCCCAUUGGGAUGAAGGGCACAAAGGGCAGCAUUGGUUCCUCCGGUGAACCAUGCAAGUCCUACUACGCUGCCUUCUCCGUGGGCCGUAAGAAAGCCCUGCACAGCAACGAUUACUAUCAGACCCUGAUCUUCGACACAGAAAUCGUCAACCUUUACGGCCAUUUCAACAUGUUCACAGGCAAAUUCUUCUGCUACGUUCCAGGCAUCUAUUUCUUUAGUCUGAACACUCACACCUGGAACCAGAAAGAGACGUACUUGCACGUGAUGAAGAACGAGCAGGAGAUGGCCAUCCUGUACGCUCAACCCAGUGAUCGAUCCAUCAUGCAGAGCCAGAGCCUUAUGCUGGAGCUGGAGAGAGACGACCAGGUGUGGGUUCGACUCUUUAAGGGCGAGCGAGAAAACGCAGUGUUCAGCGAUGAUUUUGACACCUACAUGACGUUUAAUGGUCACCUUAUCAAAGCCAAGUCUGAAGGCUGAGCCAAGCAAAAGAUACGGACGGUAAACUCAUGAAAUCCAUGGACAGCAAAUAUUUCUAUAGUGGUGCCUAUUGAGUCUUUUUUUGUAUUUGUUUUGAAAUGCAUUUUUACAAUGUACCUUAUGAGAGACCUUGAUCUUCAUGAUGCAGUUUGGGAGUCCUGUGUGUUUGACCACCUACAACUCUGAUACGUAAAGUGGUGCUAUACAAAAAGAAACAAAAAUAGACAUAGAUUUAUUUAAAGCAUUUAUUACUGGAAGUAAGUGAUGCAUAAUAUCUGGUAACAUUUUAUUGUAAAGGUGGCCCUUUAAUGUGUAUGUGGUGCUAACAAUAAGAAUUAAUAUAAGUUUUGAUUAAUUCAAUACAUUUGUGAAUUUUCUGAUUAACGUCUGGAUGCUGAAGUAACAAAAAGAGUUUAAAAUAAAUAAUGCUAUACAGUUACUUAUAUGAGACAAGGGGCUGUACUCGGACAUGCUUUCCAUCAAAUAUCUUUGGGAACUAAAAUUGUGAUUUGCCUAUGGUGCAUCUGCAUAUUUUUGUAUUAAAUGUUACAUUUGUGUAUUGUAUUGAAUCCAGUGAGUCAUAUCAGCUGUAAACUAUAAUGGUGACAGAAAUGAAUAUCUUUUAAAAAUGUAACUAUAAUUGUAUUUAUGCUAUAUCCAAUCUGCAUUUCAUUUGGAAAAACAGACUCUGCCUUGAACGCAUCUAACAUAUGAGAGUCAUGAACUGUAUAGUUAACUCUUGAACAGCUUAAAAUCUUAAACUUUGGUUUCUCAGGUCUCUGUGACCGACGAAAAGGCUUUGGACAGCAAACAUUUGUUUUCAUUGUUCUAGCAGUUGUAAAUGCUAUUUUUCUGUUCAUUGCCAUUUAAGGCAAUUAACUAUUUUCCCAUAAAGUCGUUACAGCGCCCACAUGGGUCUCCACCAAGCAGUAUGAUGUAUAAAUGAAAAAGAUGCUCAUAUCCAAUAAAAGUAAAGUAUAUCUUUGA